ACCUGGAGCUUUUGUUUUUAUCACAUUGGCACCAGUGAAGGAGAGGACUGUUGAUGUUGGAGAUGACUGGACUGUCUCUGCAAGAACUGCCUCCCUCAACUUUGGGAACAUUUCUCUGUCCUGAGAGCUUAAAAGUUUGGGGGGAAAGUCUGAUCUGAGAGGCGUAAACAUUGGAGAAUUUUCUACCUCAGUCAGGAGUUAGGCGUGCUCAAAUAGGAUCAGUUUUGGCCCCCGUUGAAUAAAAGCCAUAUUCAAAAAAAGUCCAGGAUGAAGACUCCUCUCCUCUGCUUGGGGCUGCUACUCUUGACGGGUCACAUCCUCGUGGCCAGUGGGCAGCUGGAGCCAAAUAAACAAGUCCCCCAAGACCCUCUUCCUGUAACCCAGAGGCUUGGGCUUGUUGAGAGGGACGUGCAGGGUCCUGUAAGGCCCAACAUGACGAUGCCCCGUCGCCGGCUACCUCCCAUGUGCACUGGACCCACGGAAAUCCGAGACACCUUCAAGUACAUCAACACGGUGGUGUCCUGCUUGGUGUUUGUUGUCGGUAUCAUCGGCAAUUCCACUCUUCUGAGGAUCAUCUAUAAGAAUAAGUGCAUGCGCAACGGGCCAAACAUCCUGAUCGCCAGCCUGGCACUCGGGGACCUGCUGCAUAUCAUCAUUGGCAUUCCCAUUAAUGUUUACAAGCUCCUCGCAGAAGACUGGCCGUUUGGUGUGGCUCUGUGCAAGUUGGUGCCGUUUGUGCAGAAAGCUUCAGUUGGGAUCACAGUACUGAGCCUGUGUGCUUUGAGUAUUGACAGGUAUCGUGCCGUGGCCUCCUGGAGCCGAAUCAAAGGCAUUGGCGUGCCAAAGUGGAUGGCUAUUGAGAUAGCUCUCAUCUGGAUAAUAUCCAUCAUCCUGGCUGUGCCAGAGGCAAUAGGUUUUGACAUGAUCACUAUGGACUACAAAGGAGAACACUUGAGGAUCUGCUUGCUACACCCAAUGCAGACAGCCGAGCUUAUGAAGUUUUAUAAAUCAGCAAAGGACUGGUGGCUGUUCAGUGCAUAUUUCUGUCUACCAUUGGCCUGCACGGCUAUUUUCUACACCCUGAUGACCUGUGAGAUGCUGAGGAAGAAGAAUGGCGUCCAGAUCGCUCUUAGUGAUCACCUCAAACAGCGGAGGGAGGUGGCCAAGACAGUCUUCUGCCUGGUCCUGGUCUUUGCUCUCUGCUGGCUGCCUCUGCACCUCAGCCGUAUCCUGAAGCUGACCAUCUAUGAUGAGAAAGACCCAAACCGCUGUGAGCUUCUCAGUUUCUUUUUGGUCCUGGAUUACAUUGGCAUCAACAUGGCAUCUGUCAACUCCUGCAUCAACCCCAUCGCCCUCUACAUGGUCAGCAAGCGCUUCAAGAACUGCUUCAGGUCCAGCCUGUGCUGCUGGUGUCUACCGGCCGAGAUGUUAAUGGAUGAGAAACAGUCGUGCAUGAAGCUGAAAGUCACUGAUCGGGCUUCUGACCAGAGCAACUCUCGCAUGACCAACAAAUCUACCACAGCAUGAGGAGAGGCCCAGAAAUGAGAAAGGAGGAGGAGAUAUGAUGACAGCAACAAAAAAAAAAAGAAUAAAAACAACAAGAUAUUGAAGUAUAGCUGACUGACUCUAUCCCGCCUUAUCUACAACGUCAUCUGAGGUCCCCUGCGUCUACGAAAAGACAUUCCUUUGGAGAUCAGCCCUCAUUUUGACCUUAGACUCGGAACGCUUAUCGUAAUUGGGCGCUGUACAUACUACUCCAUCCAAGAUGACAAAAAGCAUCAGGGCACUUCAGAAAAAGUGUGAGAAAACACAAAAUGUUGAGAGCCAAGGAGGGGGAAUGUUCAGCACAAGUUAAUGCAAAAUUGGGGGUCAAGGGUGAAUUAGCAAAGACAGUUCCUCAGGCGCCGAGCCUGGAUAGUGAAUGCUGCUGAGAUGUUAUGAAUCUUGUGAUAAGCUUGCCGUUGCAUUGACGAUAUUCGAGUGUGAUGCUGUUACGUAUUGGCCCCACACUCUGCAGAACAACAUUUUGUUUCCCUUAAAAUUCAUGUAUGAACGGAGCAUUUGUCCAUACUUAAUCAUUUGUCACAUUAGUGCCUUUAUAUGUGUUGUCUCUGUUUCAUUCUCCCACUAUUUACUGAACUACUGAUGUUGUGUGUUUAUAGGCUGUGUGACAACUCAGCUGUUGUAUUAUACUGUUCAAUAUUGGGCCUUUUCAUGAGGCUGUAUGUGUUUUCGAGACUGUAUUUUCUCAACAUUAUCUUCAGCUGACCUGUACCUCAGCUGGUGUGGCUAUAAAUAAAAGGAUGAGGAAAAUAAAUAAGAAAGUAGUGCAG